UGGAUCAUGCUUGAGCUCCUCCCUGCUCUGGCGCUCCUGGGAGCGCUGGCCACCCCCGCAGGGACCUCCAGGACGUGUCCAGACUGCUCUUUGCUGGGAAACUGCACAGAGAUAACCUGUCCUCCUGCCCAGGACUCCUGCUUGUUCAGCCAGAUGCAGCUGGAAAAUGGGACUCUCAUCAAGAACGGAUCAUGUGUGUCCCCUCGGGAAUGCCGUGAAGGUGUCUAUGCCUUGACCUAUGGCCCCCACUCAAGUUUCUGGGUCAUCACGGCCUGUUGUGACAACUGCAGCCAGGUUACCCAACCAGAGGCAGGACCCAAAGCCCAGCCCAAUGGGGUGAAGUGUCAUUACUGUUCUGGGGAUAAGUCGGCUCCGUGUGACUCCACCGGAGUCAUGAACUGCACCGGAAACCAGACUGUGUGUGUCACUCUCAACGGGACAUGGAGCGGAGGGGCUCCCCAAAUCCUGAAGGGAUGUGCUACACCAGAUUUCUGCAGCCUGCAAGUGAACACCACCCUGGGCCUGGAAGCAUCUGGAUUUCAUCUCACCACCUGGCCUGAAUGCAAUUACGGGGCUCCACCCACUCAGCCAGGUCCCCAUGCAACUUUGACCCACACCAAGGCCAAGGUCACCACCACCUGUUUCACCUGCUCAGACCUCCACCAUUGUGACCCUCUCUUCUGCCCGGCAGAUAGGAACUACUGCCUUCAGACGGCGGGCAUCCUGGCUUUAGGCGAAGGUGACUCUGUUGCCUGGAGAAAUGGUUCCUGCGUGGCCUCUGAGGACUGCAAAUUUGACAAGUCCAUCUCUGCCCUGUCCUACAGUAUUGGCUUUGGCUUCUGGGUCAACACCACCUGUUGCCAAGGCAACUGCCAGGAACCCAGUCCUCUUGCAACUCUGCCAGCCUCACGCACCCUGAGCAAGUUUCUAUGUCCUACGUACGCCGAGGGCUGGCUGGGGCUCUACAAUUCCUCCUUCUACAUGCAGUGUCCCAGUGGGGAGACCGAGUGUGUGCAGCUGGACCUGGUGUCUGAAGAAGGCGGUCGGAACAUGAGCCUGUGCGGCUGCGGCUCCGGAGACCUGUGCAGUGCCCCGGGGAUCGAGGGGCUCCUGGCGCUCCCUGGCCACCGGCUGGCCGGCCGGCCCGACUGCAGCUCCAGCCAACGUGCUGUCAUCGACCCCAAGUGCCAGUCAGGCUCAGCACCUGGCCUCCCCCUUGCCCUGCCGGUGCUGGUGGCCACCCUGGUCACCGCAACACUCUUCUGAGUAAUCACUCUUCACCCACCCUCUCCGGGGAGACUCCUCUUGUUCCGAAGGUCUCUAGAUGGCGCCCUGGCUCCCCUCUACUAGAGCACUUGUAAGGGGCCUGGAAGCUUCUAGUGAGAAAGUCAGGAACCAGGGGUGAGCCUCCUCCCUCAGAUUAGGGCUUCCCCAAGCCUGGUCCCCUUUCCUCACACCAGGGCCCCAGAGGCUAUACCUCCUUCCUCAGACUAGAGACACCUUUAUGGUUACACAUUCUUCUCCAGAUUGGGAGUCCCAAAGAAUAAGCCUAAGCAUCCUUCCUCAAACUAGGGUGUCCCCAACACCAGGCUACUCCCUCAGAGUAGGACUGUGUCUCUCUUCAGAACAUCGGGAAACAACUUCUUUCUCCCUCUUUAGGGUCUAGCAAAGUCCUCGGCAGCCACGGUGGGGCUUGAGGAUCAAAUACACCCCCUUCCCAGGCUUUUAGAAUGCCCGUUGCACCCCCACCAGGGGCACCCU